AUGCCCCUGCUGACCAUCACUGGCUAUCCGUCAGCAGGCAAGUCUCUCUGGGCAUGCAGACUAAAAGCUGCGCUGGAAGAGCGCAUCCAAGCUGCAGAAGAUGCUCAAAUCAAGCGUUACACGGUCGUCCUCAUCUCGGACGACUCGCUCGGCGUGCACAAGUCUGCCUAUGCGGAAGCACGCCGUGAAAAGGAAGCACGCGGACUGCUCUUUAGUGCUAUCGAGCGUGAGUUGAGCAAGACGUGCAUUGUCAUCAAUGACAGCCUCAACUACAUCAAGGGCUUCCGAUAUCAACUGAGCUGCAGUGCAAAAGCAGUCGGUACACCGCACUGCCUUGUCCAAAUUGGAUGCCCGCCGGAUGCGUGUCGACGCUACAAUGAAGCUCGUCAGCAAGAGCAAGGCACAGGCUACACUGCACAAGUCAUGGAUGAGCUCAUCUUUCGCUAUGAAGAGCCCAAUCCAAUGACACGAUGGGACUCGCCAUGCUUCACAAUGCUCACAGACGAUGCUGCAGCACCGAUAGAGGAUAUAUGGAAAGCCCUUGUCUUAGCCAAAACAGCGCGGCCAAAUGCUUCGACUGUGAUGAAGCAGGCAAGUGAAGGUGAUUACUUGUAUGAAUUGGAUCGCGCCACGCAAGCAGUCAUUGCAGCUAUUGUCGACGCUCAACGCAUGGGUGCUGGUGGCCAAGUGCAAGUUGCUGGGUUGCCCUUGGGCUUGCCCACGCAACAGGUGACGUUGGCUCAACUUCAACGGCUGAAGCGUCAAUUCUCGACGUUGCAGGGUAGGCUCGGCACGAGUGAGACGGCGCAACUGCAAGAACGUUUUGUUGAAUUUCUGAAC